UAAUUCAGUCAAGUAAAAGUCCAGCACUAAAAAAAAAAUUUUUGGUUUACCCCAAUAAAUUCUUUGUUUUUAAUAAUUUCCAAUGACCGCAGCUCGAUACAUUCGAAGUUGGUUAAGUCUUUUGAUAGUUGGAGUGCCUACACGAGGAUAGCAAUAUGUUAGCGGGUUUACGCAAGAGUCUGACUGGGGUUCUCUGGAAGAGGCAGCCGCGCCGCUUGUUGAGCGCGAUGAACACAAUGCUCCGCAGGGGUCAAAGCGAUGGUAAGGACGGUGGCGGUCAGCUGCCCAAGCGGAAACAACAGGUAAAAUCGUUGAAGAACGAGCAUUUCGAUGUGCUGGUCAUCGGCGGUGGCGCCAUCGGCUGUGGCUGUGCUUUAGAAGCCGCCACACGUGGCUUUAAGACGGCAUUGAUAGAGGCUGAAGAUUUUGCCAGCGGUGCCAGCAGCAAGUCUAGUAAACUAGUCGAAGGCAGCAACUCCUAUCUGCAUGCGGCCAUACAGGGCGCUGAUCUGCAGCAGAUCUUCAUGCUGCAGCAGGUGCUCAACGAGCGUGCAACCAUGCUGACUAUAGCGCCCCAUUUGAAUCGCGUGCAACCCAUGCUGAUCCCCAUCUAUAGCCCGCUGCGACUGCCCCUUUACUGGCUGGGCUUGAAGAUGUACGAUGCCAUGGCGGGCAUGUCUAAUGUGCGCGGCUCACAUUUUCUAUCCAAGGACGCAACGCUUAAUGAGUUCCCGCUGCUGCGCAGAAAUGGGCUGCUGGGCUCCCUGGUCUACUACGAUGUGCAGCUGGAUGAUGCGCGCAUGUGCCUGGCCUUGGCCAUGACGGCGGCUAAACAUGGCGCCACCGUGGCCAACUAUGUGCGAUUGACGAAGAUAAUGCCGCCGACCGGUGAAGAUGGCUGCCGCACGGUGCGAGUCCACGAUACGGUCAACGAGUCGUGCUUCAGCAUCAACAGCAGGGUCGUCAUCAAUGCGACGGGCGCGGACACAGAUGUAGUUAGACAGUUGGAUGACUGCAGGGUCCGCCACAUUGCAGUGCCCAAAAUGGGCACGCACAUUGCGCUGCCCAGCUAUUAUGGCUCCCAGAACUGUGGGCUGCUCCUUCCCAGCGAUAAAACCGCGGAGCAGGCACUGAUCAUGAUGCCCUUUGAGAGCGGCAUGCUAGUGGGCAGCCUCGUUGUGGACCGCCCAGAAUCGAACGAGCAGACACCAACUCCGACAUCCGCGGAGGUGGAAUGUCUGCUAGCGCAAACGCGUCGGGUGCUCGAGGAAUGUGUACAGCUGCGGUCGGGUCAUGUGAUGAGCGCCUGGACGGGCAUUAAGCCUUCGAUUUUGUGUCCAUCCGUGGAGAAGAAUGAAGGCAAGGAGCCAAUUACGGUGCCCAACUAUUUGCUGGAAGUCAGCGACAACCAGAUGAUCACCUUGGCCGGCGGACGCUGGAGCACAUAUCGUGUGAUGGCCGUCGAUGCCAUCAACACAGCCAUCGAAACCUGUCAGUUAGAGCCGCACUCGGACUCGAGCAUCACAAAGAAUCUGCUGCUGGAUGGCGGCAAUGACUUUUGUUGCAUGCUGCCCCUCGAUCUGGUGCAGGCAUUCGACUUGCCCAUGGAUGUGGCCCAGCAUCUGGCCGAUUCCUAUGGUACCAAUGCCAGCCACCUGCUGGCGAACAGUUCGCGCAGUGGCCGACUCCGGCUGCACCCGAAGUUUCCCUAUAUCCAAGCCGAGGUAACAUAUGCCUGCCAGCGGGAGUACGCCUGCCAUCUGGUGGAUGUGAUUGCCCGACGCCUACGUGUGGCCUUUGUCAAUGUGGCGGCUGCGGCCGAGAUGCUGCCCACCGUACUGGAACUCAUGUCUGAGCAGCUCUUCUGGAAGAAGCAGAAGCAGGAGCAAGAGUUGAGAACGGCUCAACAUUUUCUAGCUGAGCAAAUGGGCCUUGGCAGCAUUGUCAAGCAGAAUAAAGAGUCCCAAUUCCGGGAGAGUCAUGCGCCCAAGCAUGAAAGUACCCAAGUUAACCAAGAAGAGUACAUUCGACAUUCUGUGAGUAUGAAUUCGGGUUCGACAGUCCUUAGCUCGGCACCAGGAAUAGCUGACAGCAACAAGAAGUCGUGCCUUAGCGCCCAAAUCGAGACAAAUGCCACAUCUGUGGGCUGUAGAGGAAUAGCAGCCCCGCUGAGUGAUGAAAAUUCCCCAAUGCGGGUACACGCAUGCAUUCCCCCGCCCCUCAAAAGCGAGACCAUCCCCACAAAUGAUACAGCUUAUCAAGCAACCAAGAUAUCCCCAUUGAUCAAUCCUUCAGUAACAGGCGGCGGCAGCUUAGUUCCUGUCACUGGUUCAACUACAGCCAUGAGCACUUCCAGCGCAAUUCAAAAACCAAACGCAGAAUGUGCACCUGCAGAAAGCACGACCACCACGUCAACAAUCAGGAAGAAGCGUAAGGUCUGCAGCUUCAGUCCCUAUGUUAUAGCUGGAUCGGAACCCAGAGGCCCUGCGCCUGGCCCAAUGAUGACUUUAGCCAGCUCAGACAGAGUAAGCGGCUUAGCUGUGUCCUCCUCCAACCAGAAAGACACGACCAACAGCAUCGAACCAAAAUCAAACUACGACUCAAAGUACAAGGCUCAAUGCCCCGAUUUUGAGCCCCCACAGAAGCAGUCUGGAAACUCAAAGCUUUCUGCCCUAAAUGUAACAAGCGACAGCGACAAUAUCGCAUCAACAGUCAAGCAAGAAGGUACAACCCACUUUAAAGAGGACAAGGAAAGGCCAUCUGCCGAUUCUGCGGCAUUCCAUAAAAACAGUCUUGUCAAAUCGGAGCUAACAAAUAGCAAUAUAGCUGACUGUAGCUACCCUACCCCAACGACUGGGAGCGGUACGGCCCUAGAAGACAAACCGACUUCUAGCAUCUCGAGACUUGGUAUUGAAACGGAUUGCACUGCCUCAAUGACUGGCAGUGGCGCGAGCCCAAAAGGUAGCCGUCGAGCUACCGAUACGACGACAACAAAUCCUAGAAACAGUGCUGGCAAUUUUGAGCUUGCGAAGCCUGCAGCUUGCAUCUCGAUUCCAAGCGUUAUGGCGGCAAGUGAGAUCAGCACUCCAAACAUUGUCAGCGGAACGGGACCAGAAGAUACCAGUCGUACUACAGAUACGGUAGCAAUCAUUGAAUCCACAGUUGCCCGCCUUGAGCUACUUGAGCAAACUUUAAUCAAAGUGAGUGCCGGCGAAGAGUCAUCUAGUUGCGAAGACACCCCAGAAACCGUCCGCGAUACGGCCAUUGAGGUUAGCAGUAGCACAGACUGUCGUUCAGCUGAUCAACAUAAAGAAGAUGAAGACAAAGCUGUAAUUGGCAGAUCAAGCAACGAAAAUGAUGUCAAGAAGAAUCCCACUGGAUCAGAAACGGCAACCUAAACUUGUGACUGCCUCGUACGUAGACUUUGAUAAAUUAAUGUUAUUUCUUCUUUGGCACGAAAGCAACAAAUUUGCCUGUAAGACUGCGUUUUUUUAAAUAUGAUAUGAGUGCACUCAUACACAGGCACACUAACAUCAUUUGGUGUUCGGUGAGUGAGUGUGCAUGUGUGUAGAGUGCGUGAAUAUGGAAAGAUGAUCGUGUCGAAGCGCUGCAUAUAAACAAUAAUUAAAGGCAACAAUAUAUAUACAAAAA